GUUGUGCACUAGCAUAACAUUCACAGGCUACUUGCAAACUUUUAUGUUUUUACGAGAAAAUAACGUUUAUGGUCUGUGGGACAGCAGUAAUGAAUAACGUUUGAGUUUCCGUGCGUCGGGAUGCUGGCAGAAGUUUUUCCACCUUCCGUGUUAGUAAUGUGAGGAUCUGUUCCCUUUGGAUUACGCUCUUAAAGAAUAACAACAUACAUGGACUCUAACCACGCGGUCUAAACAAAGAAGAAUGACCAUGGAUUUUUCCCAACUGCACACAUAUACGCCGCCACAGUGUGCUCCAGAGAACACCGGAUAUACCUACUCUCUCAGCUCCAGCUACUCCACAGCAGCGUUAGAGUUUGAGAAGGAGCACCAGAUCGCAGCCGUAUACGAGUCACCCAGGAUGUCCCGGCGGAGCCUGCGUCUGCAGACCAGUGCUGGCCACUAUGGCGGCGAGAGCAUGGCUGAUUACUCCCAGAACCACAGCAGCAGCUACACCAGCACCAGGAAAGAGACACGGACGCUGCGGAGCAAAAAGCAGCAGUCCGGUUCAGGCACCCUGUCUUUAUCCCUGAGCCAAGCCGCCACACCAAGGAAAACCCUCUCCUUCUCAGCUGUUAGUACCCCAGUUAACAACAGCAGCAGCGUCGUUCAGGAAAGCAACACAGCGUCUGAUGCCUCUUUGCUCACCUCCUUCCUGGACCAGUCCCACCUGAGACAACGCACUGUCACCACAACCACCACCACCACCACUACUUCUGUGGAUGGACACUUGGGGAGGAGCUUCAGCGCUGACCACAGCUCAUCAAGUGUCAACGGUGGCGCCAUUGCGUCAAAGUCCCACACCUCGCUCGCCAAUGGUUACAUCUGCAAAGACUGCUCUUUACACUCUCAGAGGAUGGACUCCUUCAUUACACGGUCUUCAUCAUCAUCAUCAUCAUCAUCAUCUCAGGCUGCAGAAGCUUCCUCAGACGCCCUCUCCUCCUCCUCGUCACCGUUCACAAGUAUAUACUCCAGAGACCGAAGUCGAAGGAACAAGACAGGUGUCCUGGUGUCUAUGUCUAACACGUGUAUGCGCUACAGCAAACGAGCCCUGGCCCCCAUAGUGUCCUUAGUCACCCUGCUCUUCAACAAUGUGCUCUGGCUGGGUUCAAGGGCCAAGAGCCCUCCAGGAAAAGGUGCCCUUGCAGCGUUUGCGACCUCGAUGAGACGAGCAGUGUCCUCCAGUUUGUCCCAAUUGUGGCUGUUUAAGCAGACCACUGUCCACAGGGUGAUGGGCUACAGGGCUAAUGGUUAUGAAAAACAAGCUCACUCAAGUUUCUGUGGAAGCAUGAAUGUGAAGGGCCUGGUGACUGAAGAUGCAUCACAUCUUAAUCUCAAUGGUUCCCUGUGUGAUGACUGUAAAGGGAAGCAACAUUCUGAGACACACACCGUCCUCCUUACACAGUCCUCCAGGCCUCGACGCCUGUUGGGGGCACUGUGGAGCAUCCUAGCUUACACAGGUUACUGCCUCCUCCAGCCAGGUUACUGCGCAGUGAGAGCAGGCAAAGCGUUGGGCUCCGGGGCCGGGACAGUGGUGCAGAGACUGCUCUCACUCUUCUGGAUGCUCUUAGCAGCUCCAGUAAAGGCAGGCAGGGGACUUCUGUGGUUUCUUGCAACAGGAUGGUACCAGCUGGUGUCUCUCAUAUCUGUCCUCAACGUCUUCUUUCUGACACGAUGCCUUCCCAAACUCUGGAGGCUCCUGCUGUUCCUCUUGCCCCUUUUGCUCCUCCUCGCUUUAUGGUUGUGGGGUCCGUCCACUGCUGCCCUGCUCGCCUACCUCCCAGCCAUAAACCUAACCGAGUGGCGUCCUGCCUCUCCCUUCACCCUCCUGUCUAACUUGGUGCCAGCUUCUGCUCCAGUUCCUGCGUCUGUUCCCGUCCUUGCACCAGAGACUCCAGUGGAGCAAACUCCAGCCACCCCGGUCUCACAGGCACCACCGAUGCUUCCCCCCACGGCAGUCUCUAGUGUGGACUUAGAACGACUGGAACGCUUAGAGCGCCAACUAGCCCUGCUGUGGGAGCGAGUCCAGCAAGGUGACCAGAAGCAGGAUCAGCGUCAUGGCGACAUCUUGGGUCUCUACAGCACCCUGAGGGAGCAGCUCCACUCUCAGACGGACAGGGAGACGCUGGGACUGUGGGUGUCCUCCCUGCUGGAGCAGAGACUCGGGGUGUUGCGGGGAGAGCUGGAGCAGGAGAGCACACACCGAGCACAGAGUGCAGAGCAGCAGAAACGACAACAAGAGAGUCAGGCAACACGGCUUGCUGAUUUAGAAUUGCUGCUCAACGCUCUGGCGGCCAAAACUAAGGAGGUGCAACAGAAGCAGCAGCAGUUUGAGCACGAGAAGCAGGAAAGAGAGAGAGAGGCUGUCACUUCAGCAGCAGACACAGUUCCUGUCAGUGUGGGUGUGCAGCAGGAGGACCACGAUGCUCUGCUAGUGGAGGUGCAGAGACUUGAGGCGGAGCUGGGCAAAGUCAGACAGGACCUGCAGGGUGUUCUGGGAUGCAAGGGCAAGUGUGGGCAGCUGGACACACUGCAAGAAACGAUAUCAGCCCAGGUGUCCUCCCAGGUGUCCUCCCACGUGCGUAAGGAGUUGCAGGCUCUGUUCUUCGGCAGUGGUGGGUCAGGAGAGGAGGAGGGAGCGGUACCAGAAUCCCUGAUCCACUGGCUGUCCCAGCGCUACGUUAGCACGCCCGACCUGCAGGCCUCACUGGCCUCACUGGAGAUGAGCAUCCUGAGAAACGUGUCCCUGCAGCUUGAACUUAACCGGGCCCAAACCCUGGGUGAGGCCGAGUCCCAAGCCAAGACCAUCGUUCAGACGGUAACCGGGACAGUCCAGCACACUGCUGCCACAGAGGGACUGACAGAAGAGCAAGUGAAGCUGAUUGUCCAAAACGCUUUGAGGCUGUACUCCCAGGAUCGAACAGGCCAGGUGGACUACGCCCUGGAGUCUGGAGGUGGCAGCAUCCUCAGUACUCGCUGCUCGGAGACAUACGAGACCAAGACGGCCCUCAUGAGUUUGUUUGGUCUGCCACUCUGGUACUUCUCCCAGUCUCCACGUGUGGUCAUCCAGCCUGAUGUGUACCCAGGUAACUGCUGGGCAUUCAAAGGCUCUCAGGGCUACCUGGUGAUCCGGUUGUCCCUGAGGAUCCUGCCUACAUCCUUCUGCGUGGAGCACAUCCCCAAGGCUCUGUCCCCAACUGGAAACAUCACCAGCGCCCCACGCAACUUCACUGUUUUUGGUCUUGACGAUGAGCACCAGGAAGAAGGGAAGCUGCUGGGGCACUACACAUACCAGGAGGAUGGGGAGUCACUGCAAACCUUUCCUGUUAUGGAGCAGAAUGACAAAACCUUCCAGAUCAUCGAGGUGCGGGUGCUGUCUAACUGGGGCCAUCCGGAAUACACCUGCAUGUACCGCUUCCGAGUCCACGGAGAACCUCGGCCUCAGUGAAAAACACCACUAACAUUAAAGCUCAUAUAUGACAUAUCACACUAUCUGUACAUAGCUCUCACCAACUUAUUAAAAACGGAGGGGACUCGGCAGUACUUUGUGGACGUUUUUGUAUGAAAGACCAGAAGAACGAAAAAGUCGUGGAUGGUUAAAGGAAUGUGCCCGGGCUGAAUCAUGAACAUGUUUUGUAAUAUUGAAAGAAUCACAGGAAAGUCUGUAUGAGGACUGUCAGCGAUCGCAGAAGAGGAACAGGACCACGGAAGAAGCUAAAACUCCCAGUCCCCUUUUCGUAAAAGGUCUCUUGCACUGAAUCAGGCCACGAGGGUGGCAGGCUCCACUGAGCAGACAAAUCCACCCCCCCUUAGCACCUUCCAUUUCCACAGGGAGGUGGACUCUUGAAAAUGGGGGAUUACAGACUCAUCUCCACCAUUUCCUCUCACACUGCAUUUCAGUCUGGUUUAGUUAUUUUCUUAACCACCUCUGUUUAACUUUGAUUUCCUGUUAGUCUGCCAUUUUCAGGAUCAAAGCCACUGCACCUUUGCCUGUGACGCCGUCCAGGCACGUCACUCCCUUGUUGCUGUCAAGUCUCUGCAAUGACUUUAACUGAGCUGUUUGUGCAGCCUGCAGGACUGGACCACACUCACAGCGGGUGUACACUGGACUUGAAAGGUUCACUACAUUCAAAGCUUGGCAUCAUGCAUCCACACAGCCAUAACUAAGAUUUGUUUACUUUUGGUACUGAACAUGCUGCCUAUGGACAGGCUCUGAAUGCUUUAAUGCAAAUCAUCCUUUAACUUCACAGCAGCACUAUAUAACCACUGACCUGAGCUCUGUGUGUUCAGAGUACUAGGAGGCUCUUCACUAUGUACAUUAGACAAAAUAUGUGUACGGUUAAGGAUGGACUCCAGGAUACAUUCUGGCGUGUGACUCUUCGCAAACCAUACUCUUGACCUGUUACAUGCAUCAUGGAUUUACAUAUGAGUGUGUCCUCUCUGAAGCUUUGAGUCCUGUGCCUGGAUCUGACAUUACCAAUCAAUGUUGAACGCUAAAUAAUAUAACUACUCCUCUAGACAAGAGUGUGAUUUUUUUUUUUUCCCCUUCUGUUUCUAGCAAGAGGGGACUCUGUCUCCCACUUGCUCAGUUCUAAACGUCCUCCUCACAUGGGCUCCCUCUAUUCUAAAACCCUGAAGGAAUGUAAUCUGUAUAUUUCAUUGUUGAUAGCUGGUCCUUUAUAAUAUCUGCUUUUAUCAGUGUUGCUUUAUAAAAAUAUCAUCCUGUUAUUAUCAUAACUAUUAUUGUAUUACUACCAUUAUUUCUACAUCGUGUUGUUUUGCUUGUGUUUUUUUCUGUUUUGUUUUGGGGGUUGUUGAUGUCAAAGGAUGCACUGCAACGACUUGUUAGAGAAAUAUGUGUGGCACCGGUUUUCACAAUUUGUUAAAAAGAAAUGGGGGCAGGGGCGUAUUCAUCAAUUUUGGUUGCAAACAUGGGGAAGUCUAAAAUGUUAUGUAUAAAAUGUUUUGUUCACAAUCUUAUUUAUUAACAAGUCAAUUAGUGACUGCAAGAUAUGAGUUACUGCAAUGUAUAUUUUGUCAAAAGCUGUUCAGUGCAUUUUGGAACCAUCUUGGGACUUUUUUUUUAAGAUAAAUGGCUAUUUUUGUUCAGUCAUGAGAUGACUUAACCGCUUUGGAAUAUAUUCCAAUAAAGACUUUAAUU